UAUUAAAUGAUUAAUUCAUAAUUUGUCCUUUAUAUUAAUUAUUUAGUUGGAAUUUAGUAUGAAUUCGUAAUAUUUUGGUGUUUUAAUAUUGAGCUGUUUUCUUUAAUUAACAAUGUUAAUAUGGCGCAAAGGUAUUCGCGGCAUUUAUCAAGAAGCUGGUUUGUUUAUCUAACUAAAAUAGUAUUAGAAAUAAAUAAGCAUAUGAAAAUGAGAACAAUUGCAAAAGUUUCACUCAUAAACUUGGAUUAAAUGAUUGAAACCAUUGCUGCAGUAUGGAUGUGAUAUGUACGGAAAUUGGAAUUGAUGCGCAACACGUAUGCGAGACUGUUGUUCCUGGGCGUUUUAAUCUAAUAUGUGAUAAACAAUGGUUACAAAAUUUGGAAAAAUAUCGAAAAAUAACUACGUUUCCUGUAAAUCCGCUGCUAGAUAGGCGUGUUCAUCCAGUUCCCCUUAAACACCCCUGGACGCGAAUUCUUGUUCAAACAUUUAAAAAAAAUACAAAUUUAAAUGUUUUUCCUUUGCCACAUUUGGAUACAAUUGGCGCCUUCGAUGCAGGCACUUUACCAUUGUCGUUUUCCCAAGCAGUUGCCUAUGUGUCAAAUACAAAUUUUAAGAACUUGUGGGAGUCGGCACAUAUACAGUAUAGCGCAGCACGCACGAAAUUCUGUAAAAAAACGAAUCCUGGCAAAACUCCAACUUCAACAUUAGUACCGUAUGAUUUUGCUUUAAAAGAUUUAAUACAACGAAUAUAUAAUUGCCCAGUUAUUCAUUGUAAACUUGAUCGAUACUUACAUGGUGAAGAAUUUUCCACUGACAGUUCGUAUGUUAAUAAAAAAUAUGGUGUUACUGUCGACAAUCAUCCAAAUAUUUUGCCAGCUAUUGUAGCAAUAGAAACAUCUACUCACAUUAGUGUUUUAUUUUAUCCUCCUGCAUUGAUGACAAGUUUAUAUGACUGUAUCACCUAUAGUCCAGCUAUACUUAAUAAAUCGCUAAACAAAUCACUCUUUCUUAUUUAUCAGCUAUUAGAGCUAUUAAAGCAUAUGCAGUCGAAGGGACUGUUUUUAGGUGAUGUGCGUUUACAUGACAUACUUGUAUCACAUAAGUUGUGGAUACAAGUAUUCCCAAAAUUAGAAGCAAGCUUAUUGAAUAUAAACAAUGAAACACAUAGUUUAUCUUCACAAAGUGAAAUCUUAACGAAUGAUAUUAAUUACUGUACUGAUAUUAAAGGAGAUUCGAAAGUAUUUAUAAAUGAUAAAGUUAAUGUUGAAAACACAUUAAGUACAAAUAUCGAUUCAAAAUUAUUUUGUGAAUCGAACCAGUUUGCUUUAAGAGAGUAUUGCGAAAUGUGGUGUAAUGGUCAACUAUCUAAUUUUGAUUACCUAACAAUUUUAAACGAAGUUUCGGGAAGAAGUCUUAAAAAUCCGGCUUAUCAUCAUAUUAUGCCAUGGGUUUCAGAUUUUGCAGCUCGCAAUGGCUUAAAUUGGCGCGAUCUAAGCAAAAGUAAAUAUCGCCUAAAUAAAGGUGAUAUUCAUUUGGAUUUAAUGUUCUCAAAUGCAAACAAUCAAAAUGCGACUGAUAGUAUACCUCAUCAUGUUUCAGAUUUCCUUUCUGAAAUUACAUAUUUUGUAUAUAUGGCACGUCGUACACCGCAAAAUGUGCUUUGCGAGCAUGUACGUCCGAUUUGGGUACCAGCGGAAUAUCCAGUUUCUAUUCAACGCUUACAAGAGUGGACGCCCGAUGAAUGUAUACCGGAAUUUUAUACAGAUCCUAUGAUAUUUAAAAGCAUUCAUGAGGAUUUGCCCGAUUUAGAAGUUCCAGGUUGGGCAUCGUGUCCGGAAGAUUUUAUUAUAAAGCAUCGUGAGGCUUUAGAAUCCCAACAUGUUAGUGAACGACUACAACAUUGGAUUGAUUUAAAUUUUGGUUAUAAGCUGACUGGUAAGGCCGCUAUAAGAUCGAAAAAUGUGUGCCUCAGUUUGGUUGAUCAACAUAAAAAUCUAUGCCAGCGUGGCAUAGUACAGCUCUUCACGCAUCCUCAUCCAGCUAAACGUUUUCCAUCACUUUGGUUCACUAAACUCGUUCCACGUUUAAGUUAUUUACAUAAUUCAAACAGUGCAUUUGGUGCGAGCAGUAAAAGUAAACUUCAUAAAAAGGAGUCAAUUAAACGUUUAGCUAGAAGUACUGAAAAUCUAUUUGCGGCGGAUGAUUCACCCAUUGACUAUCAUAUGUACUCCAGCAGUUCAGUUAGUCGUAACACAAUCACAUAUUCACCACGUCUACAUUUGCAAAAAACACUUAUAAAUGACGACCAACCUGGAUCUAGUUUUUAUCAACCAAUUAAUUUCAUUGAAUUACCUGCUGACUAUACACCUUGUGCGUUAAUGCAAAACUUAGAAACAACACAGAGUUUCUUCACACGCACAUUCUCCGGACAAAAACUGAUCUCAAAUGAAAAUAAAAAUGCAACAGUAAACGACGUUUUCUUCGACUUAAACUCAAAAGGACACUCGUUCACUAACCCAUUUUUUGCCACUUGUCCUAAUUUCGAAAUCAAAAGAACAGUAUUACAACAUGAAAUGAAUUCUCAAAACAUCUCAAUGCCUUCUUCGAGUUAUUUGAAGAAGCAUAUACUCAAAACUAUUAUUUCUGAAAAAAGAGAACGUGAGUUGCAGGUAAUUGGUUGUAUUAUUGUAGAGGUUUUUGCCAUACAGAGAUUACGUCCAUAUCUCACUAAUAGUUUGAAUUCUAAUUUUUCGGAAAGGUUGUCCGCUUGUAGAACUGUCGCUGCACUUUACAAACAAGAAAUUCCAAAAUGCUUGCGGUACAUUGUGCAAGUUUUAUUGCAAGUGCGCUCAUCAAAUCAAGUUUCCUAUAAUGGUCUUCCGCCUCUAGGUUCAACUCAAAUAAUAGAGCCAAUUUUUUCCAAUUUAAUACUACCAUUUCCAAAAGUCUACAGCACAAUUUACGCGCUUCUACGAAGCUUACGAGCGUUUGAUUUGAGCGAAACUUUAUUAAACCUUAUUACUCAUUUUAAUUGCAAUGGUGAAGAUUGCAGCAAAUAUUCUGAUCUCAAUCGCAAGCGGUUAGACUUCGAACAAAAAAUAGCUGAAUGCAAAAUUAUGUCUUGUUGUACUUUUAUAAGUGUUUUACUGGAGCCAGGCGGAUAUGAACAAUUUUCGCCUGUGGAAAUAUUACUGCCUUAUAUUAUUGAUCUUCUCACUGCCGAAAAUACAUCAAUACUAACUGCAUGGAAUCUCUUUGAUCCUAUAGCACAAGCUCUCGGAAUUGCUAACACCCAAAAGUUUCUUUUAUCACCUAUUUUGAAACUUUAUGAUGUUACGAGUAUGGAACGAGAGAGGCUAUCUGCGGCAACAGAAACUGAUCAUCAACACAGUUUAGCAAUAAGUUCUUUCAAAUCUGAAAAGUCAGCGAAAUUAUAUCAUCAUAGUUUUCUGUCACGUCUUAUUGUGCGAUUCGGUUUGCAAUGUUUUUUACAAAACUUCAUUACUCCGAUAAUUGAAGCUGUAAGAGGUUAUAAGGAGCCUGCAGAUGAUUUGGGUUUUUAUUAUUAUAAUAAUUUGAACAAUUCAUUUUUAAAGACGACAACAAAGAAUUUAUAUUGUUCCGCUGAUGAUGAAAUAAGCUCAACUGCGUUAUUUUCCGAAAUGACAGAGGAGCAAGUUAAUAAUAAGACUUCAACUGCAAAUGUGAUAUCAACUCAAAUAAACAAGGAAGAAAUUGAAGACAUAUUUAUUUUUGAUGAUGACAUUAAAUGUGAACUUAUAUCUAAUUCUUACACAUCUGAAGAGAAAUCAGAAGAUUCAUUUAAAUUGCGAUCAACAGUAGAGCUAAAAGAAGCAAUAUCGCAAAGCGAAACGCCAGAAUAUACAGAUAGUGAUAUAUUUACGAAACCAAGUGGUUAUGAAUCAACAACUGGCAUUAAAUCGCCUGAAAUCAAAAUUCCACCUAUCGGAUUAACAUGUACAAAUCAGCUUAGCACCAUUAAUUGCGAAAUUGGUUCGAAAAAAAGUGUUAAUUCCUUUGAAGAAAUUUCUGGUGUUGUCGAAGAGCAUUGCAAAGAAAUGGAAAUGCAGCAAAAAAACGAAAAUACGGAAUACGAUACAAAAGUGCGAGAAGAUAGAAAAGUAUCGCAAGUUCCUCACGUGCAUAAGACGACAGAAAGUGAAACCGUGCAGAGCCAGCGCAUAUCAGAAAUGAGUGCAGAGAGUUUGGUGUGGUUGUCUUAUCGUUUAGGUCCUGUGCUGACAUCCCGUUACAUUGCACGAAAUUUGUUAAAACUUGCUUCUUUGUGUUAUGUUGGACAAGAAAAUCUGCUGCCAGAAGUAAAUAUUUCCAGUGACCAUAACAAUCUUAACAAAUUUUCAAUUACUGAUGCUCGAGUUGUUGGUGACAGAACGGCUGAUACAGUUUUUAAAUGUUUAGCAUCAAUAUCCGCUCUUUACGGUGAAGAGGUAAUACUUUUUCAGUAUCUCCCAUAUAUUGGUGAAUUAAUAGUACAGAGCUCCAAUCGCAUAACUGGUAAUCUUGAAGGUGCAAUCAUAAGUUCCUUACAGUUGUUAAAGUGUAUAAUACCAUGUUUAAAAGAUGUAACUAUAAUGGAACGAUUAAAAGACAUUCUAGAAUCAAUUUUAUUGCCAAUAGUGAGAUUCCUAGAUUCCACUCCUAAAUUAAUGCCUAAUAGCUUUUUAGGCCGAUCUGUAUUAACACGCAAAUUACUCGAUGCUGUUUAUGUUUUAUGCAUACGUAUUGGUCCCGAUAUGUCAAAGGAACAUUUAUGCAUUCCAGUUUUACGCCCUUUUUUUCUUAUUUUCGACAAAGUUUAUGGUUCAAGUGAUUAUUUAAAAACAUCAAAACAACAAACUAUGCCUUUUUUGCCCACUAACACUACUGCUUUUAAAAAUGAUACUGCUGGUGCAAGUCAAGAUAUUUAUCGUGCUAAUGAGGAAAUUCGAUAUAUUUUUAGUCCAGAACUUGCACAUUCCGCCUAUUUAUCAUUUUUACGGUUUUUGGGAGAAGCCAUUAUGCAGCGUACGCUUUUGAAUUUACAACUUAUAUUAACACUUUGUCAUGAGUAUGAGCAACCCAACUACAAAUCAUCCAUAUCAUCCACUAACACUAAUAACUAUAGUAAUAGUAAUGCGACAAAGUCAACCGACAUAAAAGUGGAACAAUGCUUAACCAAUAGUUUUGGUACAUAUGUUGUAGGCAAUCGAAUUGAACUUGCAAAUGCUGUUACUACUGAACAAACGAAACAAGAUAUCGGACCAAUGGAAGUUUUAGAUAUGGUGGCAUAUAAAUUCGAGCAGAUACCUACAGGCAGGCAUGUUAGGGGAAAUUGGUUAUCAUAUUGGCGUCAUGAAGUCGGUCGUAGUGAUCAGGAUUCAUCAAUUAAUCUAAAACAAAUUAAACUACAAUCUUUCAGCGGACACACAAAUUCUGUGCGUUCAAUAAUAGCAUUAGACAACGAAAACAGUUUCAUUUCUUCAUCAAAGGAUAAAACCGUAAAAAUUUGGUCCUUGCGUAACGAGGGAGAUGGUAAAACUAUCAGUUCAUGUCAAUUCACAUAUACGGAUCACAAAAAGUCAAUCAAUUCUUUGGCAUAUCUGGAUGCAAUGCGCUAUGCAGUUUCCUGCGAUUCGGGUGUUCACAUAUGGGAUCCAUUUAUAGGACGACCAUUAGGAAUUCUGGAGUCACCGAAAUAUAAUCCUGUUACCAUAGUGAAAUGUUUAUCAUCGCCUAGUCCAUUAUUAAUAGCAGGUACUGCCGAGUCAACUGUAAAAAUUAUAGACUCACGAUGUAUGCAGUAUGUGAAUGAAUGGCGAGUUUGCCCUGUGACUCAAGGAAAUUUAACUAUACGUUGUAUCGCAGUGACACCAUCUAGUAAUUGGUUUGCGGUUGGUCUGUCAUCUGGUAGUAUUGUAAUGCUAGAUAGUCGCACUGGACAAUAUUUAAAUGGAUGGCGUCCAAUUGAAUGCGAUUUAUUGCAACUUACUGCACCAAAUGACCAUCAGCUGAUUAGUUCAGCACUCGAUCAUAGUUUGGCUGUAUGGCAUGCUAACGAUGGAAUAUUGCAUUAUCAAUUAAGACCCUCAACGGAACCGGCUCAUUUUCUGCAAACGAUUGGAAAAGAGUUAGUGUAUGCAACUACUGGCAAUCGUAUUGGAAUAUAUUCGGAUAUAAAUAGCUCCCAUGCUACCAAUACGGUUAUAAAAUUACGGCCAGAGAUAUUUCGUGGUGUUUUGACUUCAUUAGCUAUACUUCCUUUGAAUCGUUUAUUUCUUGCUGGAAAUGAAAGUGGAAAUAUAGUUCUAUUUAGUUAAUCAGAAAUGUGCAAUUGUUAACAUUCCAACAAAAUUUAGCAUAAUUAUAUUAAGA